UUCACUGACAGCCGAGAGAACACCUGGAAAGGCAAAAGAAACAGUGGCAUAAGAAUUACUCCGGUUGUAGCCCUUUCUUCUGCCGUGAAAGAGGAAAGAGGAGAAAAGCUAACGUGCAGGAUUCCUCUGGAGAAAAUGGUGAGAAUGGACGUGUUGUAUUUCAUGGGGGUGGCGAUGACGUUGGCGUUUGCUGGAGCUGCCACGGAUUACUGCGCGAUAUGUUCUGAUCACACUCUCUGUCUUUACCAAAACGCGUCCUCAUCGUGCCAGAACCUGACUUCGCGCAAUUUGACGUCCGAAGAGCAAGCCGGUGUUGUUGCUGCGCACAACGAGAUUCGCAACCAAAUUGCCAGUGGACAGGUGAACAACGGAACCAACGGUGGCCAGCCCAGCGCAACGAACAUGCACAGGCUGUACUGGGACGACGAAAUUGCCGCCAUCGCACAACGCUGGGCUACGCAGUGCAAGUUUCAACACGAUACAUGUCGAAAUAGCGCGGACGGCACCUACGUAGGUCAAAACAUUUUGAUAACGACGGACACAUCCAGUACUUUAUCAUCGAUUUUGGAAGAAAGCGCACAGGCAUGGUUUAGUGAAGUUGCGAGCUACAACGCAUCCCUUGCGUCGCAGCCCUAUGUCUUUGACGAGAAUACAGGCCACUACACGCAGAUGGCGUGGGCCACGACGACGCGGGUCGGCUGUGGGUACGCGGACUAUGGCCAGAGCAGCCGCAGCCGGCUGGUUGUCUGCAACUACAAGGAAGGAGGCAACGUGAUCGGGGAGGUCAUGUACGCCUCGGGCUCAGCGGCGAGCCAGUGCACUACGGCCGACUCAACGUACACGUCGCUCUGCGCUUGAGGGGUAGCGAGAACGCAGACGAUGGUGACACACUGCGUCAAUAAACUUUUCAUGGAAAAUUGAA